CACUCCACCGCUUCAUUUACUGCGAGUGCGGUAACGAGAUAAGUACGUUGAGGACAUCGUUGAGACGCACGCUCGCGAGAGCGGCGAUGAGACGCUAAAUCGACGUCCGUCAGUAGCGUGCUCGUGAUAAGACCCGUGGAUAGAUACAGCGAACGCACGAUGGCCGACUCGUCUUACGAGAAGGGGUUAACCGAGCUGUCGAAGAUGAAGGUGGCUGACCUAAGGGUUGAAUUGAAGCAACGAGGACUGCCCACUACAGGGAAUAAAAAUGAAUUGGUGGAAAGACUUCAGCUGGCAAUCCAUGGAGAUUCCGCAUUGUCCUUGGACGAAACUACGGAAGAGAUUUUAGAUGAAGACGAAGUACUUGGCGAUGAAGAAAUAGAAGAAUUGUCGAGUAAGCCAGACUCACAGGAGAUCCCUGAGAAGCGAAAAUUGAGUUCCAUAGAGAGCAAUAAUACCAAUGCGAAAAAGAUAGUACUGAAUCGCAAAUCCGUGUUGGAAGAAAUAAAAAAUGACCAAGUAGAAAAGAAAGAAAACAAAGGAGCCAAAGUGACCGAAAACGCGCCGCCAGAGAAAAAGAUUAUCAAAUUGUCCGAGCUAAGCACAAAAGAGAGAUUGGAGAUGAGAGCUAAGAAAUUUGGAGUGCCAUUAUCCGAGUCGGCAAAGAAGGAGGCUAGAUUAGCUCGUUUUAACGUCAAUAAUCAAAAUAAUAAAUCGGCUGCAUCCAUAAAGACGCCCGUGCCUACUUCAUACGAAGUGCUGAAGAAACGUGCAGAAAGAUUCGGUAGCUCAGUGUCCACCUUAAUGGAGAAGGCUGAAUUGGCUGAACGAUUGGAGAAAAGAAAGGCCAGAUUCGGUGACGUGAAGCCCGAAAGCAAAGCAACAAAGAAUAAAAUUAAGAUAAUUAAAUGAUACUCGGUGUUAUAUACUAAAGCGACGAUCUAGAUUACAUCUUAAUUUAAGUUUUCUUAUUUUCAAUAAAGCUACUAUGUAUAUAUACGUAUAUAUAUGUAUAUAUAUAUACAGGAAGAGAAUAAUGUCUUAUUGAUAAUAUACUUUUUAUCUCACUACUUCAGUAUUAAAGCAUCCAUACUUUUUUUUUCGUUCAUUUUUCUGUUAUAUUUGCUUUAUCACAUUCGAACUUCUUGUAAAAAAAAAAAGAUGAGAGAAGAAUCUUAGAAAAUGUAAAUGGAUGUAUUACACUAAUAAAUUCACAUAUGCAACAGUA